AUGGGUCCGUUUAGUAUAGCCUUAGUGGCCAUAGCAGCGCGGCCGAAGCCGUUUAAAACGUUAUUCGUUGUCUUCGGUAUACUAAAGGUAGCUAUAGCAAUUGCACCGCUGCUUUUGCCGUUGUUAACACCGCUUUCGAUAACUUCAUUGAAUAGUCUUAUAGCAGCGAACCGUGGUCCGAUGACGCGGAGCGCUUUAAGCAUAUUAUCUUUUCCUUUUGCGCUUGCGCUAGCCGCUUUUGUUGCUUUCGUCGCUUCCGCUACUCUCGUCGCUUUCGUAAUUACCGUCGCUUUCGUUGCACUUAUUAUCGUCGCUCUUUUUACGCUAAUCGUUGCGCUUGCCGUUCUCGCGGCGGCGCUCGCUGUUAUUAUAACUUUUGCGAAGCGCUAA